UUGGUUGAAUCUAUUUUAAGCAAGGUUGUAGAAGAGUUCGAGCAUCAGAUUGCAAGCUGAGGAGGUGAACAGGUACGGCCAAAAAUAACUUCAAGAGAUCCUGUUUCUCAAAGCAAUGGGUCUGCAUUGAAGUUUGUUAUGCCAGAUAAAAGGGUGGACAACAGGAUUAAUAUGGUAACAAAGAAAGAGAAUUUCAUUCAGAAAAGCCGUGUUGCUGAGCAAUCAAGAGGCCAACUUCUGAGACAGAAAGAGCUAUCUGAUCAACAACAUAGGGAUAUUCAAGUAAAAAAAUCUUUGGGGUCCCUGUCUUCUCCUAUAAGGAUCUCCUAUAAUGCAAAAUAAAAGAUAAAAUGUUGGGAGUAUCAAGUUGGCCCUUGUGUAGUUAUUGAAGCCGCUGAUCAUAUUUGGUGCUCAAGAACAAUCUUCAUGAACUCUGGGCCCUUCUCAAUUUUCUUCUGCCUGAAAUUUUUAGCUCUGCUGAAACUUUUGAUGAAUGGUUCCAAA